GAGAGCUAGCGCGAAACCGAACUCGGGCUAGCUGUGAGAGAGUACGUGGACGGUGGACGUGCCGCGCCGAUGACCAGUCAGCCAGCCCGGGCUGUAGGGAUGAUGAUAUGAUCAACUCCGGCAGGCACUAGGUUAUAGUCUGCAUUACGCCACGGCGCUUUACGUGCAAGGGGUGAAUUUAGUGCGAUGCGGACUCUUCGGCGGUGAAUUUCGGGAACGUUUGCAGAGCUUUGCUGUACAUUUCCAACUUUAGCAAUGAUGAUGUCGGAAAAUCCCAAGGUUUGCCCCUACACUAUGCGCCGCUGGAUCAACCGGUCGACAGAAUGGAGGGAACGAUGUUUUCAUAACUGAUGCGUCGUCCGUUUUGGGCGAGAUUCUGUGGAUGAUUACGCAGCGCUCACGGGGGGGGGCGUAGAUAGAAUUACACGAGGACAUGAACGCCAAUCACAAAGACGCGGAGGCUGUAGCGAGUAGGAGACGUGCUUCACUACAUAUCCGUGAUAUUGUGGCUUGCGAUAUUGUGUUUGCGGCACAUCACGUGAGCCGCGUCAGACUGGAAAGGCAUUACGGGUUAUAAAACCACUCUGGAGACAAUGGACAAAUGUUGGGGCUUGCCUUGCUUUCGCCUGCCCUUUUGAAAUUGCAACAUAUUGUUCAUGGGCGAUACUCCUGUAGAAUUGAUUCCUGAGACGCUAACCAAGUAUAAAGUCGAAGACAGCGAAGGCUACCCUAAUCCAGACAUGCUGCAUUAUCCAGGCCGAGAUGAGAUGGGUUUUGGCGUCGGUAACAAUGGGGAAAUCACAAGGGAGCGGCUGCGACAGUUGGCUACCACACGGCUGGCUGAGCAGGGACGUAUGGGAAUGCCAGACGCCAACUUUAUCUUUCAAAGGGAAGCUGUAGCUAUGCAGCAGAAGGUGAACGCCACCGUGGCGUCGAAACCUCUGUACUCCAUAGGAGCCCCGCAGCGCGCCAGAAUACCCAAGCAGCCGACACGAUAUGGCGAUCAACUCCACCGAAAUCCACUCUACGAUGGCCCGUUGAAUCUCGUCAACCGAGCCGCCAUGCAAGGCAACCCUUACGGUGGGGGUCACUCGUCGCUGGACGAUGCCACCGACCUUAAUAAGCCUCUGGACUUGUCCAUGAAGUCGGAGAGACUUGCCUUGCCCAAAGUCCCGAAGACUAUAGUAGAUCCCAGACUGAUGCCUUUGACCAACGCCGAAAUGAUUGCCAAGCACACACACACUUUCAGCAGUAAUGGAAACGAGGUGACGUCAAAGGUGACAUCAGCACAGACUAUGUACAGACCACCUCCGAUGAUGAGUUACGGCAAACCCGGUCGGCAUGGUCAUGCAAUCAACCCAAUUCAGCUGGUUCACCGUCAGCAUGCGGCCGUCCCUAAGGAUGUCCCGAUGUCUCAAGGUCAGCUGCACCCGCUGGCAUCCUCAGGGGUCGUUGCCUCACACCUCCAGCCAAACCGGAGCUCACUGAAGCGUCCUGCGCCGGUCAUGGCGCGCUCGGCGUCAGACAUUCCCAUGAAGCGUGUAGUUCUCGACAGCAUGGUCGCACCGUCUUCCACUACCCCCACACCUGCGAACAUUAAGAGUUACCAAGAUGCAAGUAGCAGGGCCGCCUUGCUAGCUUUCGAGCGCGAGCGUGGAAGAAGCCACGCAGUUGCUCUGAUCAACCAACAAGAUCCGGAUUCCAAUAUCAGAAUCACAGACGUCCGUUCCAUUGGUCAACAUACGGACACCAGCCAUCCUGCGCCGGUGCCCAAAUCGACGCCGUCCCGAUCGCGAACGACUAAAGCGGCAGGAGCGCCUGUGUUCCACCACAUACAUUACCAUCACCAUCACCACCACGUUCCACAGCCAGACGAGGAGCUGUUACGGCAGAGUUCGAAUGGAACUCCCGUGGUGCACGCCCGUGGCGCUGUGCCAGUGCAUGCAGGGGUAAUCGCACAGGGUGGAGCUGCGGGACCAGCGAAUGGUUUACCGACUCAUGAUAUCCCUAGCCACCGAGUAGCGGGUCGCAUGGUUCCCGGCCAUGAAGUGCCAGCGCACGCCAUGGCGGCUCCCAACAUGGCAUCAUCGCGCGGAGAUCGCCACCAUGGCGUCUUAAUCAAGCACACUUCCACCCCAGUCACUACCAUGACCAGCCCUCACCUGAGAAGGGCUCACUACCAAACGAGAAGGCGUAUCGUCAAGAGCAUCAACCCCCCCACUAUGGCGUCCCAUGCUAGUCUGGCGCCGCACCGAAUGGACCCAGCGAGCACAACGUCCGCACCGACCCGCGGGCACCAGCACGCCCGUGCAGCAUCGCCGCUCAAGCUGGUUGCCUCCUCUAUGGCUGCAGGGGCCCAAAUGAAUGAACUGUUGAAACCUCUAGACGGUCCAGAACAGCCGGCCGCCAGUGCACACGUGACUAAUAAUAACAACAACAAAGUCUUGUUGGCGGAGAAGCUAGCCCGACCGUUAAGGGUUGACAUACCAGAUGACAGAGCUUUUGUUAGCCACCUAGGAGACCUCUACACCGGGCAGACUAACCCUGUCCCUUUAGUUCGUCAGGUUACCAACGCCACCAGUAUCACAAAAUGCCUGACAAGUGAGGCCAACUCUUCCCCAAAGAAAUCCAACUCGUCGGGCAACGAGUCACCCACCAUGCCUGUUCUAACGCCGCAGAGCGUCUACUCACCCUGCUUCACGACCGAGUCGAUGACGAAUCUCACCCACAAUUCCUCCAGCGUUGAACCCCAGCCCACCUCUUCUCCCAUGUUUUACAGCGCUCUGACACUAUCCCUGUACCCACGUAGACAAGAUGCAACCGCCGAAGCUGUGCAGAAGCUACCCAGGGCCAAGGACGAGUCGCCCCCUAAUUUGCACGAGACAAGCCCCGAGCAGCUCGUGCCCGAUCAUCGGAUGCCAAAUCAACUGGACACUCUUAUUCGUCGGAAAAUCGACCAGUACGCCUUAGACGCAGCGGCCGCCCUCGAUAAGAAUAAGAGAGAGCAAAAGCGACACAGGGAGAUAAUACAGGAGCCACACGAUGCUUACCAGCUGCACAUGCAGGAAUUGCGCAGAGAUCGCUUUGAGCACAGGGACAAGCCGAAAAAGAGGCACACGCAUGGGUACAGCUUAAAAGCGAGCAUGGACAAAUCAAAGGUUCAUCAGCUCAGGGGAGUAAGUGAGCGAAUCCUGCCUUCUGAAAAUCACGAUGACCGGAACAUCUUUGCCGAGUUCAUGUUGAAACGACAAUGGUACGAUGGCAAGAUGGACGCGAGGAAGCCUGCGAGGGAAACGUGUCCCGACCAGACGGAUGUAAUUGAUCUCACAACUUCCCCAUCGUCGUCGCCAGCCCCAGAGGUAACGAAUAGCGUUGAGAACAAAAAUGGUGGCAGCGGUGCCACAAGCAAAGAGAAGCCUGAGAUCGGGAAGAACGUUCGUGGUUUGUCCAGGAAGCGUGAAAUAAUCUCGGCCUUUGAAGAGGGGAGAACCGUCUCAGUUAGUGAGGCAAUCGAGGCCGUUUUUGCAGCUAACUCGCCAGUACCUAAACGCGAAGCAUCCGGCACUGAGACGGACCACGAAGAGUCGGCUGUCAAGCAGCUGCAACCUAACACUGGACCGCCGAAACGAGUCACUCGUGGAGUGUUCGAUCAAAAGGAUCAACCCCCAAAACUCGUCAGGGUUCAGGAUUCUCCACUGGUGUCUGCAACAGCGACAGCUGCCAUGGCUAGCACAUGCGUAGUACAUGUAAUUACAUCACCUAAACCUUCCACAGUACUCCCUCCACUCACGACAACUAAUGGCGCCAUCAAGAUCGAGCCAGUGUUUCGAUGCUCCUCUAACUCCCCAUCAUCGGCCAAAUUGACAGUUCCCUUUCUCACAGAAGCCCCUCCCAUGGAUAACCCCCAACUCUCCUCAUCAUCCACCGAUGCAGCCCAGUCUCUGGUCUUGUCAAACACGCAAGUGACGUCAUCUUUGUCAGCACUACCCCAACACUUGAGAUUCUCUCCAACCGAGAAGACAUUUUCCCAUGAUCCUCGAAAGAAGCUCCUCGCCGCCAUGAACGUCCAGACCCCACCAGCGAGCGUUUGCGCCGUGUCUCCAGCAUCCGUGGCCGCUAGUCUCAGUUCGACCGUCAGCCCAUCCAGUGGUCGGAGCACACCGUCAAAGGGCUCAUCAAGGAAGCGAUCAUUAGAGAUCACCCGUCUGGAGAACACGUCUAGCUACGUCGCUGAAAUUCCGAAAAGAAAGCAAACUGUGGACUUGCUGACUGAUCCUGCGUUGUUGGAUCGUGAGGAAAGGGCGUUACAACGAGCGAUGAAACGAUUCAAUGAGAUGGAGAAAAGAGAGAAAGGAACCCCGACAGACGCCCAGACAGACCCCGUCGUAGAGCCACACACGAACAGCAAGAAGCAAAACCGUCUCCUCAUCGACAAAUACUCCUUGUCCUUAAGAAGAGGCAGGGGGCGUGGCCGGAAGUUUGCGGGUUUCCACCGGAUGCAGAACCAUAAAGACGGUGCAGCGUUGACCUUGAACUCACAUAGGCAACGACGGAGCUUCUCGAGAGAGAUGCGGCGACUGACAAGCCAAGGAAGUCGAAACUCCUUCCAAGACUUUGUCCCCAUGGUACUCGAGGAGCGAACCAGACACUCACAAGCUACGAGAUCAAGUGCGAGAGAGAGGAAGAUAUACCACAAAAAUGCGCGCUACGAGAUGGAAAUUGAAAAAGAGGAGAGAAAAUACUUAGAACGAAAGAGACAGAAGCGAUCGGUGAGCGGCUCCACGAGCGGUGAAGAAGAAUCCUCCUGCAAGACCAAGGGAACACCGGGAAGAAGACGGAAAGGAACGGAAGAGGUCUCCAGGAAAUCCAGUGACGUCAGCCUGGCAGCCACGGAACUGGCCCAGGCAUCAGACAGAGAAUCCAAUUUCACCAGCAUAACUUCGGAGAGAACCGAGAAUCCACCCGAGGAGGAGGAGGGCGUGGCCAGAUCGCCCAGCAUGGACACGCCCCUCCACGUCGUCAUCGACCCCACCAACUACACGAAGAUGAAGUUCAUGACUACUUCGGCCUACGAGCUCCAUCGCAAGGACUCCGGGAAGGAGAACAAGGAAGUAGAGGCGAAGCCGGGUGGAAAGCGAAAGUUUAAGACGAAGCAUCUCGGUCCAGCAACGAUGAUCGACUCCGACGUACAGAAAGACGACAACGUAGCCGUCAAAGCAGAGGUUAAAGAGAGUCUUCCGUCUGCGUCCCAACCGGAACCGAGCCCAGUCAAGCUGGUAAGGCCAGAGCCUCCAGCCGAGAUGAGGCGCUUAAUGGUUAACAAGAAAUUGGGUGAAACCAUUUUGCACCGGGCAGCCAGACUGGCCUAUGACGAUGUGGCCAUCUAUUGUAUCGAUUAUGACGUGGUUGAUAUCAACGCGAAGGACAACGCUGGCUACACUCCGUUACACGAAUGCUGCGUGCACGGGCGUCUACGGGUGGCAUCGCACCUGUUACAACAUGGUGCUGACGUCAAUGCCAGCGCGUCAGACGGUACCAGGCCUAUCCACGAUGCAGUGGACAAUAAUUGGUUGGCCCUAGUGCGCCUGCUUCUGAGGUACGGCGCUGAUCCGCUCAUUGCGACCUACUCCGGCAGGACGACCAUUAAGUUGGCGCGAACUAAGCCCAUGAAAACAUUCAUCAUCGGCUACCUCAGCGACAUUAAUGGAGAGUGGGAACUAGACGAAGAUGAUCCGUACCAGAGCAAUCUAGAUCUACGCUGGCACAUCACUGGAACACAUUCUUUUUAUGCAAAUGACCUAGCAGCGUGUGAUAUCUUCCAAGACAUUCCUGAAGGAAGAAAAGAAGAAAGCGAUGGAGAGUUUUUGUUUGAAGUCAGCGACACACCACAUCUUACAAGCUACAACAUCCGUCUUCCAAACGACCAGAGGGCUCGCAAUUGGUUGCUACUGUCUGACGUCACGGACCAGCUCAACACCACGCGAGCGGACUUUCUGGCCAGCAACCAGACCGUACGCAGCGUGACAAUGACCCGCAAGGAAUUCACGGCGGCCAUCGAAGGAUCGCAGCUCAACCAUAGCCCUCCCCAGAAAUCAAAAAUGGUGCUAGACGAGACUUUAGGGGAUUACGUCGUCGAGCUCUUAGAGCUUACCAGCGACCUACGGAAAAUUCUGCACAUUGAUGAGGUUUAUAUCUAGGAGAAUGGCACCUGCUCUGUCCUGAGAAGAGAGUUCGACUUAUAUUGGUUACAUUAUUUGCCCAUGCAAGAUUUCGUACUUAUCAACAGUACCUUGUAAAACUUGGGAGGUAUCCCAUAUAAUUUACAGGAUUAAAAUCAUCUUUGUACACGUAAAUCGGACUCUAAAAUAUGACUCGAACUUGUAUACAGGCUGACGACAGCACGCGUUGCUAUGCUGAUAUCCUCAUUCGCAAGUAUUGUGUGAUUGGGCCUGAGAACGAGGCUCCCCCAGCGCAGACAACAGGCUGGUGCUUACGGAGUAGUGCUCUUAUCCACUGACAUAAUGCUCCAUGCGCUCAGGGUAUAUGACGAAGAUGUCGACAGAGUGCGUAAAAUGUGUCCUACACGUUCUUUUUUUGGGUAGGGAGGGGGCUUUUCGAAAUCUUGCUUGUGAAGGUUUCAUGUGGAAAUGUUUUUUUAGGAGCCAAGCUACUGUUCAAGGUAUCACUUUUGCUGAGUGGGACUAACUCCAGAAAUUUAAAAUUAUCACUUUAACACUGCUCACUUUGCUGGAGUAUUGAUUUAUAAACCUGCUGCACGGUGAGAACACCGUGGUAUAUCGCGAGCCUAGAGACACGUGGCUGGAACGUAAAGAGAGAUGCCCAGUUUACUGGCAGCUGGUUCCCGUAUCUGUCGUCAGUACUAAAUGGUUGCAGUCGUAUCAUGGCAAGAGGCUGCGUCCGGCAACCAGUGACCAGUAUGUACGGACACGCAAAACAUGAAGUGUUUUUUUCAAUGCAAUGUAUCUGUAAGUACACCGUAGUACAAUAUUUUUGUAAUCGUUUAUUAUUUUCAAACUUGAUUUUUAUGAAUCGUAAUUCUGGCUUUUCUACUUCGGUGAUUAUGUUAACAGCCUAAUCACGGUUUCCAGAAAAAAAAAUGAAGCGGGAAAGGUGUGCUGAUGUACGGGGAGGGGAGAGGCGAUUUUUUUUUCUCCCACAAGGACCGACCCUGUGCUCCCCUUUUAUAUAAAGUGUGUGGCCUCUGGCUGCGGUGUUGCCGUUAACGAUGUUAAAUUUGAGGUGUCUCGGAUACUAUGACCAGCUGCUUUACAGGCCAAUUUGACAAGAUCCAGAAACUCUCAUUCCUGGUGAGCUUGUAACUUACUGAAAGCCAUUGCAGUCAUUUGAAACACGUUUAUUAUUCACUUUCCCUUCAUCGAUUGUAUUCAUUCAAUUCUGAUGUUUAAGGCAACACUUCUUUUGUAUUCUACCGUAACCAAGGCCACGUUACGUUGUAAUGUACAUCGCAGGGUAACAUUACAGUAUGACAUUUAUGUUGACCGAAUUUAGUAUGAUUAUUGGCUGUCUUGCGAGUACGGUUUUCUUCACGUUUUUCCAAGGGCUGCGGCUUCUCCCCGUAGACAUCGACAUGACCCACUUUCAUAGCUCUGCUUAAUUAAGCACAAAAUUUGCUUAAGCGGGAAAAGAUUUGCUUAAUAAACAAAAGUUACCAGCUCAAACUAUCUGGUUGUCAUGCUAACCCAAAAACACCUAAAUACAAUGCCAAAACAAUAUACAUCACAUUGAAUUUGGGCUGGUUACCAUAUUUAUCAAGUGAGGUUUUUUCGCACUUAAGCAAAUUUUGUGCUUAAGCAGCUCUAUGAAUUUGGUUUUCAGUGGAGGGACUGAAAUGUCGACCAAAAUGCAAGUCAAAAUUAAAACACUUGCCCAUAUCUUGUUCGAUUAUAGGAGGUUUGAAAGAAACAAACUGUGAUUUCAGUAGAUCAAAAACGAUUUUGCUUUGAAAAAAGGAAAGAUUUUCCUUUAAUGGUUAACGCUUAAGCAUACAAACAACUGAAUAUAUAUACAAAACCCGCGUUUUAAUUGACUUUUCUGUGAUUUUGUAACAAGAAAGGACUGAAAGAAGGGUUCUUGUUGGUUUGGGAAUAAACGUCAUGCCGUCCUAUAUUGGGGCGGGUUUUGCACCCUU